AGAACGUCAUCAUCCCAAACGCACUGCGCAUGUCAGGUUGUUUGAUAGAUGAACAAGAACUGCAUAACCUAAAACGAUUGCUAGGAAAAACACAACUUGUUUUCUGGCGUGACCAUGGGGAAGUCCCUUUCCCUCCUGCCCAAGCAGGCAUGCCACGAAGACUCCCAGGACAGCCUGACCGACACCCAGGAGGAUGAUGGGAAGAGAGAGGAUGUGUCCCAGUUCCCCUACGUAGAGUUCACAGGCCGGGACAGCGUCACAUGUCCCAGCUGCCAGGGCACUGGGAGGAUACCUAGAGGCCAAGAGAACCAGCUGGUGGCGUUGAUCCCAUACAGUGACCAGAGACUCAGGCCUAGGAGAACAAAGCUGUAUGUGACGGCCUCGGUGGCUGUGUGUCUGCUGCUGUCCAGCCUGGCUGUCUUCUUCCUGUUCCCUCGUACCAUAGACGUCUCCUACGUGGGCGUCAAGUCUAUCUUCGUCACCUACGACGAGGACAAGAGGAUUGUCUAUCUCAAUGUGACGAACACUCUGAACAUCACCAAUAACAACUACUACAGUGUAGAGGUGUCCAACAUCUCAGCCCAGGUCCAGUUCUCCAAGACGGUGAUCGGGAAGUCCCGUAUCAAUUACAUCACUGCUAUCAGUCCUCUGGGCAUGGAGCAGGUUGACUACAUGGUUCCCACCAUUAUAGCAGAUGAGAUGAGCUACAUGUAUGAUUACUGCAGCCUGCAGACCAUAAAGGUGCAUAACAUCGUUGUCAUGAUGCAGGUGACGGUGACGACGAUGUACUUUGGCCACAUGGAGCAGGUCACUCAGGAGAUGUACCAGUAUGUAGACUGUGGAGGUAACACCACCACUGUGAGGGGGGCACAGCCCAAGGUGUCUAAUGCCCCAAUUCCCCCAGAGUAACCCCCCCUGAUGCCCCCUUGCCCUACCUGACCUGAGCCCGUUCCUGGAGAGGGUCCUUGGAAGCUAGUCUUAAAUCGGGGAUCUGGCAAACCUGGAGAGCUACUGGUUGUUUAAGCUUUUUCUCCAGCCCUUCUCCAACACAGCUGGUCUGUUGAAUAAGGAAUGUUCGAGCAGGGAUAAGCGUUUGCACCCAGUAGUUCUCCAGAGGAGGGUUGGCCACCCCAGCCAUAGAUGGUUCACUGUGUUUCUUCCUCCACCACUCAUCUACUGAUGAACACCCCACUGUAGAUGUCAUGCAUUUAUGUGUUAGCUCACCAAUGUGUUGGGAGUAUAUGCCAGAUGUGCAGUGGAGGGAAAAAUGUGUCUACUGACGAAAAUAAUGAUUUUAAUGUCUAAAAAACACUAAGUACCAUAAUAUUUCAGUACCUAUCCAUUAUGCACUUUAUUAAUGCUUUUCAAAUUCAACCUCCAUUGUGUUAAUGUAAAAUGUUACAAUGCCACUCCACACUCUUCUAAACCACUUGAACUGUAAAUGUAUAUGAAGUAAUAAUCCUCAUUCUAUGGAUGAGGAUAACCUCCGGAAGAGUUCUCUCAGUAAUCUGGUCUCAAAUCUGUAUCUGUAUGAUAGUCGAAGGAGUUGAACCAACAGAUCUGGGACCAGUCUACUAUUCUCAAAGUCAAACCUCACGUAAUACAUUAAUAAUGUGUAUUAUUAUGACAGAUUAAUCUAGUCUAUUAUUUAAUUCUGCUGAUAAGUCACAACUUGGAGGCACAGUGAGCUGAGUCUGAAAUGACACCAUUCUCUAUAGAACACACUACUAGGACUCUGGCCAAAGGUAGUGCACUAUUUAGGGCCCUCAAGCUAAACUCUGGACCUGGAAGCCAGUGCCACUGCGUCUUUUCAUCGUUCCCGUCUAAUCAGGGACUGAUUUAGACCUGGGACACCAGGUGUGUGCAAUUUAAUUAUCAGGUAGAACAGAAAACCAGCAGGCUCCGGACCUCGUAGGGUAAGAGUUGAAAACCCCUGGUGUAGGGAAUAGGGUGGCAUUUGGGGUGAAGCCAGAAUGUGGCAGUUCUGAUGUGUAUAAGCUUGUAAUGACCGGGCUCUCCUCUAGAGGGCUCUGUACAAUUGUGGAUUUGUACCAGUUUACUAAUAUUACCCUCUGUUGGGUGAUCCAUCUCCAGUGUUAAUGUGUGAUCAGUUGACAUGAAUUUGAUUUUUUUUUUUUUUUAUCAUGUUUUGUGAUACCUACCUACUGCUGAUUUUGAUUUUGACCAACUUAUUUUUUACAUUCCAUCGGAUCCAUCUUCAUAUUUUCAUGACACGCAUAAAGAGGAUAACCUGCAAGGGACUUUGUACGUUUUUGAUAAAUGACUUCCCUGCAUAUCAAACUCAGUUGAAGAGUUUGUAGAACUACCUAGAUUUAAUGAAAACCUGUUUUUAAUACCACGUUUGUAAUAUGAUUCCUACCUACAUUGUGGAAAACCUUUUGAAACAUACAACUCAAAUGAAUAGAAACUACCCUCAUAUAUAUAUAUAUCUUGAAUUUCUUAAUGAAUACUCAAACCGUGUAGUUUGCAGUUAUUUAAUUAGCAGUUUCCUAGAUUAUCGUAGAGCACAACUAUUAACAUAUGUACAGUCAUUUGUUCCUAAUCAAGCACCUUAAUCUUGUAUGGAAGAGGGGUCAGCUUUUGAUUGAAUGUUAGGAAUGAGUGAAGUCUUGCAAUACUACUGACACAAACUAGAAGAGUGGUUUGAUGAGCUGAUGAGGUUGUUCUUUCCGAAUGUCUACUGCUGUUGGGUACUGAAAUUAUUUUGAUCAACAACUGUGUUUGACUAGAUUUUUUUGUCAAUUUUUAAGUGUACAUGUAGUUGGUGUGUGUUUUGUUUUAAUUAUUUGCUUUUCAUCAUGAUAAAUUCUAAGUGGUUGGAUUAAGAUUUGUCCUACCUAGUUUUGUUGUGCUGUUACCCUUUCUUUCUGAAAGCGUGAAUAAAGUUCUCGACAUCUCA